AUGUUAAAUAGACAUUUAGGAGAACAACUAUGUCAACUGCAACAACAAUGGAUAUAUUUAAAGAAUUUAUAUGAAAAUGAUAUUAAACAAUUGAAACAUUUAAUUAAUGAUGUUUGUUAUGGUCGAAGUGAUAUUUCUAUUAUUGACAAAACAAUUUCUCUGGAAAAACAAAACGAUUUUGAUGAUAAAUUUAAUAAAGUAACUAAAAAUCUGAAUGAUUUAAAAGAAAAAGGAAAAUUGAUCAUGGAUUUAAAAGAAAAAAAAAUUCAAUAUUUCGAUGUUGUCGAAUAUGGUAUUGAUCAAACAGAUAAUAAAAUGACAAUCGAACAAAAAUUAGUUUUCGAUAAUGAAGAAAAUCGAAUUCUCUGCUCUAAUGAUCAUUUAAUCAAAAUCAAUACGAAACAGUUCCAGACAUUAUUGGAUAAUUUGUGUGAACAAAGGGGAAAACAUCCUGAAAUAUGUCUUAUUUAUGCUGAUUUUUCAUACUCUUCUUUUGAACUGAAAGAUAUGAUGAUAUUAUCAUCAAACAGACGCUCUGAUGAGAACAAGAAAUCAAAGAAAGAAGAAACGUUAUCAUCAAGUUCUAACAUUAUCAAUAUUCUUCUUCUUGGUGAAACUGGAGUUGGCAAAUCGACUUUCAUCAAUGCUUUCGCCAAUUAUCUUACAUUCAACACACUGGAAAAGGCUCAAACAAGUCAACCAAUGGUACUUAUGCCUGUUUCAUUUCUUACCACUGUUGGUGAUAAUUUUGAAGAACAUACAGUCAAAUUUGGUGAUGUAGAUAGCCUAAACAAUGAAGUUUUCGAUCGUCCUGGUCAAUCUGUUACACAACGUUGUAAAUCUUAUGUAUUUAAUCUAAAUGAUUCUGAUCGAAAAAAACUUCGUAUUAUUGAUACACCUGGUUUUGGUGAUACACGAGGUAUUGAACAAGAUGAUCGUAAUAUGGAACAUAUUUUAGAAUAUCUGAGCAAUUUUACUCAUUUAAAUGCCAUAUGUUUUCUUCUUAAACCAAAUUCAUCAAGACUGAACAUAUUUUUUCGAUCAUGUCUUACUCAAUUAUUCUCUCUUCUAGAUCGAAAUGCUCUUAAUAAUAUUAUAUUUUGUUUUACUAGUGCUCGAUCGACAUUUUAUACACCUGGAGAUACUGCACCAUUAGUUAAAAAGAUGCUCAGUUCUCUCUCAAUUGGUGAUGUUCCAUUCAAAAAAGAAAAUACAUUUUGUUUUGAUAAUGAAUCGUUUCGUUAUUUGGUUGCUCUACAAAAUAGAAUUAAGUUCAAUGAUGAUGAAAAACAUGAAUAUGGAAUGAGUUGGUCAACUUCAGUAACUCAAUCAAAACGUCUUAUUGAUUAUAUUCGUAAAAGCGUCGUUGUUUAUCAUAUAGAAGGUAACUUACAAUCAAUGAAAUAUGUUCAAUUUGAAAUUAUUCAUAUGAUUCGUCCAAUCUUGGAAACAAUGAGAAAUUAUCUUCGAAAUCUUAUUCUUAGUACACAGGAUUCUGUAAAUGUUUCACUGGAAUUGUAUCCAAAAGUUAUUUCUUUUCCAGCUACUAUCUGUAUUUCAUGUGUACCUUAUUCAUUAUUAGUUGGACAGUUUUGGAUUGCAAAAAUUAUUCCACAUAAAAUUCAAAAUAAUCAUUGUACUUGUGAAUGUUCUCUUGAUCAACAUAUUUCAAUUGAUUACAAACUCGAAUAUAAAUUGUCAAAAAAAUCGUUUAAGUAUAAUCAAGAUAAAAUAAGUGAUAUGUUAUGCGAACUUUGUCAUGCAAGUGCAGAACUUUCUUAUUUUCUUAUACAUUCAACUGGUUUCUCAAAGACUGAUCCAUUUUCCAUUGGCUUUGUUCAAAUGAUAAGCGAAGAAAAUUACCUAUGUGACAAUCAGAAUCCCAAUCAUUUGAAUUUGCAAUUGAUCGACAAUUUGAAAGACCUAAGUAUAGAAUACGAGAAAUACUUGAAUGAAUUUGAGCGUAAACAAACUCAAAUGAACUUAUCAGAGAUUUAUAAUUUAAUCAAGACAAUCCGGGAGUAUCCAAUGAUGUGUGAGCAAAUGAAUACUGUCAACGAAGGACGAAAGAUAACGAUGAAACUGUAUGAAUGUGAAGUUUCGAAAAAAUCUACGGAAUUCGAUGAUACCUUGAGCGUCUUUAUGUAA